GGGAGGAGCUCGCUCAGUAAUCUCACUGACUCCCUCUUGCUCUCUCUUUAAGAAGCGAGGAUAUUACAGCUGGAACGUUAGUACAAAACACUGAAGAGAAGCGAAAUGAUCAGCCCUGGUGCCGUACCAAAAUGCUGGAUGGACAUAUACUCCUUGGAUGGAUAUCCUUCACAAUUAUAGCCCUCCUUACAAACUUGCCAGAGCCAGCCACUGCUUAUUUUGGGUUAACAGGUAAUGAACCCCUGUCUAUCCUGCCUAUAACUGUGGAGUCCGAAGAGGCAGUAGGGAAGACUCACUACAAAUUAUGCGACAGGCUGAAGCUGGAAAGGAAGCAAAGGCGGAUGUGUAGACGUGACCCUGGAGUGGCAGAAACAUUGAUGGAGGCCAUAAGUAUGAGUGCACUUGAAUGCCAGUACCAGUUUAGGUUUGAGAGAUGGAACUGCACUUUGGAUGGACGAUUUAGAUCCAAUCUGCUUAAGAGAGGUUUUAAAGAAACCGCAUUUUUGUAUGCAAUUUCUUCAGCGGGUCUGACUCAUGCUAUGGCAAAAGCCUGCAGUGCUGGCAGAAUGGAGCGAUGUACCUGUGAUGAGGCACCUGACCUUGAAAAUAGAAAGGCCUGGCAAUGGGGUGGCUGUGGAGAUAACCUGAAAUACAGCAAUAAGUUUGUAAAGGAAUUCUUAAGCAAAAAAUCAAACAAAGAUUUACGGGCUCGAAUGGAUCUGCACAAUACAAAUGUGGGAAUGAAGCACAGUUGAUGCAAACUUAACUGAAGAGAGUUUGCAGCAUAGCAUCAUGCAGCUGUCUGCCUGCAGGGAAGC